GGCCAGUCCAAUCGAAUCGCAAUCACAUUACACGUGCUGCGCUAGCUGCCGCCGAGUUUCAAGCCACAUUGGUGAAUGCAGACUCGAUAGAAAUGGCGAAACAUCUCUCAUCCAACCGUCUUCGCUGGGAUUUGAGCCCAAGUGACAUCAAAACCCGUGCUGAAGAGCUCAAAGUAACAACGAAAGCUGUUUACGAUGCUGUGGGAAGUGUUUCAAAGGAAAAUGUGACGUAUGAAAACAUUAUUCAAGCCCUGGCUAACAAUGAUUGUGAGUAUGGUGUUAUGCGUAACAUGCUGGACUUUCCUCAACAUGUCGCUCCCAGUAAAGAGCUGAGGGAAGCAAGCACCGAUGCAGAUAAAGUCCUCUCAGAGUUUGAUGUCGAAAUGAGUAUGCGUCAAGAUGUGUUUGACAACCUUGUUGCAUUCCAAGAGAAGACGGAUGUGAGCAGUCUGAAGCAUGAAGCUAAGAGAUACCUUGAGAAGAAGAUCAAGCUUGGUCGCAGAAACGGUCUGCAUCUACCCAAGGACGUCCAGGAUCAGGUCAAGGCCUUGAAGAAGAGAGCCAGUGACAUUGGCAUUGACUACAACAAGAACGUCAACGAUGAGAACACCAUCCUGGAGUUUGCAGAGGCUGAGCUAGGUGGAUUACCAGAUGACAUCAUCAAGCGUCUUGAAAAGACCCCUGAAGGAAAAUGCAAGGUAACCUUGAAGUACCCUGACUACUUCCCCGUGAUGAGAAAGGCACACAACCCAGAGACAAGACGCAAGGUGGAGACUGCCUUCAAUUCAAGAUGCAAGGUGGAAAACACCAAAAUCUUGGAAGAACUAGUGGAGAUACGUGCAAAGCUGGCUAAAUUACUAGGUUACUCCACCCAUGCCGAGUACAUCCUUGAGAUGCGCAUGGCCAAGACACCAGAGACAGUGGCCACCUUCUUGAGCGGCCUGGCUGAGAAGCUUCGUACCCUGCAGCGUGAGGAGCUAGAAGGCUUCCUCAAGUACAAGGAGGAAGAUGUGAGUAGCUGUUUUGAGCCAAUGUCUAUGAGAAAAGACAGUAAAACCUGUGUAGAAAGACCUCCAAGGGAGACGCAAAGAGCGAUCUUUAUAAACAGGUCGUCUUUACACAGAGAGAGUGGGGGAAGAAAAGGACUGUUGGUAGUCUGUUGGUAAUAUUUCUUGAUUUUAUAAUUCUAAGGAGAACUAAAGCACCGGUUGGAGAGGAUGGGUAGUAGGUUGUCUUUAUGUAGUGGUUAACUUAAACAUGUUCUUUCUAUAAGAAACGUAAUUUCAGAGGAAAUGAAAAUUGUGGUCUUCUCAGGCAAGUAAUAUGUCUCUUUAGUAGUCACUAAAGCAGGAUUGACUGAACAUAACUUCUGGGAAGAAAGCGACGGGGUAAUGUAGUGACAGAACAACAGGCCAGGGAAUCUAUAGACGAGGAAUACAAUGACGGAAAAACAUAGGGACAAGGGCAGGCCUGAUAAAAACCUGAUUUAAAUCAGUUUGCU